GCAGUGGACCCAUCCAGCUGUGGCAAUUCCUGCGGGAGCUGCUCACUGACAAGUCCUGCCAGUCCUUCAUCAGCUGGACGGGCGAUGGCUGGGAAUUCAAGCUUUCCGACCCAGACGAGGUGGCCCGGCGAUGGGGCAAGAGGAAAAACAAGCCCAAGAUGAACUACGAGAAGCUGAGCCGCGGCUUGCGCUACUACUACGACAAGAACAUCAUCCACAAGACGGCCGGCAAGCGCUACGUCUACCGCUUCGUCUGCGACCUGCAGAGCCUGCUGGGCUACGCGCCCGAGGAGCUCCACGCCAUGCUGGACGUCAAGCCCGACGCCGACGAGUGA